GUGGCAUUGUAUUGCGGCUAAAUUGCAUCACAGUAAAAUAGGCUGGUUGAGAUGGCCGAGUUCGAGCCCUUGGUGCGUUUUGCAGACUAGUCGGCGGAGUUGCCUAAUCGGGUAAUUUUCUCAGCCGUGUGCGUGGUGCAGAGGUGGGUGUACAUAAUAAUACCUAUCGCCCUUCUCUGCCCCUCAUUGCACCGAUACAAUAUAUCAGGACUGUUUCCGUCGAGUCUAUCCCUUCGACAAGGAAAGGUUUUGCCGAGAUCGGAAUAAUAAUACUGCAGCCAAAUAACAUCGUUGCCUACACAACAUGACGAUAGGAGUCGCCAUCUUGGGUGGAGGAAUCUUCGCCAGGGAGGAGCAUAAGCCUGCUAUUGAGGCUGCCAAGGACCUCACUUUGAAGGCGGUCUACUCCCGAUCGCUGAAGUCGGCAAAGACUUUAGAAGUCGACGAGUCCAAAGUCGACAUCUACUCUGACGACUCGGGUGCCGGAAAGUCAUUGGACAACUUGCUCACACGUUCAGACAUUGGAGCUGUCAUCAUCGCCCUGCCUAUCAAAAACCAGCCAGAGUACAUUCGGAAAGCGUUACUUGCUGGCAAACAUGUCCUCUCCGAGAAGCCUGUCGCCGAAAAUGUUCAGGAUGCGGUCGAAUUGAUCAAGUGGUAUCGAUCCGAGAUAGCACCCAAGGGAGUAACGUGGGGAGUCGCCGAGAAUGUCAGAUAUACAAGUUCAUUCGUGCACGCUGCGGAGGCAGUCAGACCUAAGGGUCGGCAAUUGACAUUUAGAUGUCGGAUGCAGACGAUGGUCCAGGGUGGAAAGUAUUUUGAAACUUCAUGGCGUAAGGUUCCUACUCACCAGGGUGGUUUCUUGCUUGAUGGCGGAGUUCACUUUACUGCAGCGCUUCGAUUGAUGCUAGGCAAGGAUAACCCACUAGUAUCGAUAUCGGCGCACUCUGCCCUUCUGCAAGAGCAUCUGCCACCGGUGGAUACGGUCGAAGCUACUGCGAAGAGCAAGAAGGGCGCGGUUGGAACUAUUUCAAUCUCAUUCGGCACCACUGCAAAGGGGAGUGAGUGGACGGUCGCGACAGAGAACGGCUUUGUCAGUAUCUCUAAAAAUAAGGUCACCAUUGAUGACAAGGUUGACGAAAUUGAGGACGAAAGGACUGGCGUGCCUCCCGAGGUGCGCGCUUGGGGUGAAGCGCUUGCAGCUGGCAAGGUCAACGAACUGCAAUCUCCUGAAGAGGCGUUGGCCGAUCUUGAGCUCAUUGAAGCCAUGUUGAGAAGUGGAGAGCAAGACGGCGCUCCAAUAAAGCUGCAACAUCAAGAAGUGUAAAAUAGGGCUUUAGAUAUCAGGCACACGUCGAUGAAAUGUUGAAUGAAUA